GUUGAGAAGCGCGCUCUUCACUCAGCUUACAGUCUCAUUACUGAGAGCAGCUAAACCCAAACUUGAGUGGAAUUAAGCCGCGCUUUCCAGCUUCUGGCUUUUUUUGCGGAUAUCCUGACGCAAAAUAUACUCAGAACCAUGCCUGUGUCCAGAAUGCGCAUGCGACCUUGGCUGGAGGACAAGAUUGACUCCAACUCAAUCGCUGGACUCGUCUGGGUAGACAAGGAGCAGAAAAUGUUCUCCAUUCCGUGGAAGCACGCUGCACGCCAUGGAUGGGAGAUGGACAAAGACGCCUGUCUAUUCAAGCAGUGGGCCAUCCAUACCGGCAAGUUCAAGCCAGGAGUGACAGAGCCUGACCCCAAAACCUGGAAGGCCAAUUUCCGUUGUGCCAUGAACUCCCUGCCAGACAUCGAAGAAGUGAAGGACAAAAGCAUCAACAAAGGCUGCGAGGCCGUGCGGGUGUACCGCAUGCUGCAAGUUGUGAAGAACAAAAGCAAGCGGUCGCCAAGCACUGCAGAUGGCAGGAGGAAAAGAAAGGUGGCGAAGGUAAAGACAGAGAAAAUGGAUGUAGAGGAGACAUCAACUGAUGGGCCAACUUACAAGCAGAAAGAGAUGAGGACUCAGGAGAACACGGUCGACAGCACUGAAAACUUGAACACAGCUACCUCCACUUAUGAUGUGCCUGACUGUUCUGGAUAUGAAGUGGAAAUCGGCCCUGACAGCACAAACGACUUCACAAGCAGGUUCCAGGUUUCACCCGCUCACUCAACAGACUACGAGGAGAAACAAGCCAUUGUUGAGAUUACACGGCAAUUGGAACUUGAUAGUUCGCAGUGGCUUCAAAGUACUAGCAGCGGAAAGGGGUUCCUGUGCAAUGAAGUAGGCAUGACAGAAUCUUUCCACAGUCCAGAGAGCCAGUGGAGUGAUAACUCAGGAGAGGAGCUAGAGUUGCGGUUUUACACAGAACUAAGCUCGGGUUUGCCCAGCGAAGACGUGCUAAGCUACACAGACAUGUGGAACAGCAACCAGUACACCAACAGCUUCCCACAGAUCAGCUGCCUUCUCUGAGACUACUGGACACUCAGUUUGAACUUUCUUCAUCUUACCUCAUUGUCUAGGUAUAAAAAAACCAAAAAAAAAACCAAAGACAUUUUACCUUCCACCAACCAUGAACUCAGAUCACCCUAAGGCACUCUUGCGAGAGCCCAACUCCUGAACUCAACAGGACAGACACCAGAGAUCCACGUGCUUGUGACGGAUGCCGCAUCAAAGAUGUUUGUUGUAGUUACACUAGGGUCAAAUCCCAUCAGGUUUCUUGCAAUUCUACUGAUGCUCAAUAGCCACAAUCCUUAACUCAGAAAGACAUUCAAUGUGAAGUCCAUUUGAUGUUUAUGAACAGAAAUCAUGGUGAAUGCCAUGCUACCAGUAGUCUUGACGUGUCGUUGCUGUAUCAACAGUUGGACUGCAACAGCUAUUGCCUAUUGGUCUCUUAAGGAUUGUGGCCUGUAUAUAAACAUGACCAUAUACUCUCAUAUAAUGUGACAUUUGGCAAAUUCCGUUAUUUACACAUCAGGGUUGAAUGUGUUUUUCCUCCAACUUUACAUUACAUUGCAUAAUAGUGAUACUAUGAUAAGCUCUUGUGUGUUUUGGGUGAAAGGGCUUUUAAGCCAUAUAUGUAUAUAGUGUACAAAAUUUUUGUUUUUUAA